UUGUAUUUGAUAUCAGAUGCACACAAAACCGCCAAACCACUGAAUCCGAUUUUAUUUCGCAGUAAGAACUAUACUAUUUUGCGACAGAGAACCGAGUCUUCUUCGUUUUAUUGUAUUUUUACUCAAUCGAAUUCCACGCAAAUCAUGUGUAUCGUGUGUGUUAAGUGUGGCACAGUGUGAAUUGCAUUCAUAUUGAUGCACGAAUAUUUUACAGUGAUUUUGAUAUUAUAAGAUUACUCAAACCAACACAAGACGGUGUGUUUUCUUUGUUUGAAUUAAACAUUUGAUCAGUUUUUUAUUUGAUGAUUUUUUGCUGUUGCAUGUAGAUGCACAUUUUUGUGGAAUAAAAUGUGAAUACUGUUCGAUUGAAUCUCAACUUCUCGAAUUUAAUUCAUAAAAAACCCUAUACAAAAGGUAUUAAACGAAAAGAAUUUAAACAAAGAAACGACAUAUACCGAAAACCAUUCUAAAAAUAAAUGCUAUAUAAAUCUCAUAAUAAAGCGGAUAAAAUCCAUGAUCACAAUUGUCGCGUUAAAAUAUAAACAUGCAGAGAUAAAUCAUAGGCAUUUGCAGCCAGCAUAUAUACAGCCAGUUGGGCUCAAACGAACGAGAAACAAAACAUCAUUGUAAAUGAACAAACAAGAGAAUAAUAGCGAGACCAUCACAUCUUAAAAUCUUACUGCGAAACUUAUUAAAAAAGACUGCUAAAGGAAUAAUGAAAGUGACGUGUAUGUGUUUGUGUUCGCGUGUUUGUGCUUGAGUGUUGUGUCAUUAAACUUUUAAAAUUGAGCGUUAAGCCUCAUCAUCAAAAUCUCACAUUCAUUCGUGUCCAACGCAAACCCUAAUGAUUGGUCAAUUCUCUUUCGCCUUCUCUGUAUCUUGUCCACACUAUAUGAGUCUCAUUAUCAUAACAUGGUGAAUACAUCGGAAAUUGAAAUUACAUUUCAGAAAGCUGACAAGUUACUCGAAUAUCACUAUCACAAAUGAAUUAUUAUCUAUGAGAAAUCUAUGUUCAUAUGCAUGCCAAUGGAAAUUAACAAAUACCUUAUAAAAAUCUCAUCGAAUAGCAAGACAUUCUAGUUAAAGAGCAAAGGUCACUCAUAUUCACGCGUUCCCAAUCGAAAUAUUGCUUGAAGUAAACAAACGACGAAGAAAAUCGAUGAAUCGUCAGCAAAUCCAUAACAACUGCAGAGUACCACUCAAAUCGAACUGCCAAUAGCUUUAGAAGCUUAUACAAAUCUCUAUUCAUUUUUCUUAUUAAAUGAAAUUCUAUAUCGAAAAUGUGAUACAAAAAAAAAAGUUCAAGCAAACAAUUCACUGAUAUUUUAUUCACAUUGUAUUAAGCACAAUUUUUUAUUUUAAAUUCGAACCGGACGGUGUUCAUAUUGGCCACGUUUUUGUAGUGAUCUAUUGAAGAAAAGGGGUGUCAAAAUGGUUGACUGCAAUGUAAAUCAACCGAUGAUAAGUGAUAAAAUUGAGAAGGAGAAUACGGGGACUGAUUUAAUACUGCCAAUCGCAUCGAUAUCAUCAACAAAUCCACAGAUAUCAGUAUUGCAACAAUCGCCCCGAUCACCGCCGCCAGUUUUAGUGGACAAUUUUAAAAAUGGAAACACAACUGGUUCGCAACAUAAUCUUCAUGUGGAAAAUUUUAACGGACAUGGUUAUGCGAAGAAAAUUCACAACAACAGCCCGACCACAUUGAAAAAGAACAUGGCGACAUUGACAAAUCUUCCCAAAUGGCCGCCAGUGGAUGUGAGAUUCGAUGAUAUCAAGUUUUCAGUGUCAGAAGGUCGACGAAAAGGAUAUAAAACUAUAUUGAAAGGAGUUAGCGGAUUAUUUCGUUCCGGCGAAUUGACUGCCAUUAUGGGACCGAGUGGAGCCGGAAAAAGUACAUUAAUGAACAUCUUGGCUGGAUAUAGAACAUCAAAUGUAAAUGGAACCGUUUACAUUAAUGGAAAAGAGCGUAAUUUGCGUCGAUUUCGUAAGCUGUCGAGUUAUAUCAUGCAAGAUGAUUGUUUAAUGCCACAUCUAAGUGUCAAAGAAGCUAUGCUAAUAUCAGCCAAUUUGAAAUUGGGCAAAGAAAUAUCGACCGAAUCGAAAAAGUUGGUGAUUGCUGAAAUUUUGGAGGCAUUAGGUUUAAGUGAAUCGAUAAGUACGAGAACUAUUGAUUUGAGCGGUGGCCAACGGAAGCGUCUUUCGAUUGCCUUGGAAUUGGUUAACAAUCCUCCGGUGAUGUUUUUUGAUGAGCCUACUUCCGGUUUGGAUUCUUCAUCGUGCUUUCAAUUACUAUCAUUGCUGCAAACAUUGGCUCAAGGGGGUCGCACCAUUGUAUGUACGAUACAUCAGCCAUCAGCUCGUUUGUUCGAGAAGUUCGAUAAUCUAUAUAUGCUGGCAGAGGGUCAUUGUAUAUAUCAAGGUCGCGUUCAUGGUCUGGUUCCAUUCCUUGCAUCAUUUGGUUAUGUCUGUCCAAGUUAUCACAAUCCAGCCGAUUAUGUUAUGGAAGUUGCAAGCGGUGAAUUCGGUGAAGCUGUGCCAACGUUAGUGAUGGCUGUUAACACUUACAAAAGUGGGAAUGCUGUGUUGCUAACCGAAAAUGAGAUCGGUAUCCAAUUACAAGGGAUAUCAAGCGUAUCAAAGACUAUUGCCAACGAUAUCAGCAAGUCAAAGAAUAAUAAAUCGGCACUAAAAAGUGACGAGCUGACUUAUACAAAAAACAGCAAUGUGGAUCAUACAUUGAUUAAUUUAACGAACAACGAUGAUUUAUCGUCACAGACUAAGGUGACAUCAGAAGUGUGCACUACAUCACUGUUGGAUUCACAUGAUAGUGUCGUCACAUUGCCGAAUAAACACACGUUUCCAACAUCGGGAACGAGGCAAUUUUGGAUUCUGUUGAAACGUGCUUUCAAGACAAUUUUGAGAGACAAACAGUUGAUGCAUAUGCGUUUGGCUGCACAUGUUAUCGUAGGCACUAUCAUUGGCAUGAUUUAUUAUGAUAUCGGCCGUGAAGCGUCCAAAGUUUAUGAUAAUCUUGGUUGCACCUUUUUCACAAUGCUAUUUACCAUGUUCACAGGGAUGAUGCCAACUAUAUUAACUUUUCCACAAGAAAUGAACGUUUUCGUGAAAGAACAUCUCAAUUAUUGGUAUUCAUUGAAAGCAUUUUAUUUUGCAAAGACCGUGGCCGAUAUGCCCUUCCAACUUUUGUUCUCCGGAGUGUACGUCGUAACGGUUUACUAUUUGACAUCGCAACCCAUGGAGCUUCAACGAAUUGCAAUGUUUGUGUGUAUUUGCGUGUUAACGAGUUUGGUAUCGCAGAGUUUGGGUUUGCUUAUUGGAGCGGGCCUUUCUGUGGAGAGCGGUGUUUUUAUCGGUCCAGUCGCAUCGAUUCCUACCGUUCUGUUUUCUGGCUUCUUUGUUACAUUUGACACCAUUCCUGGAUAUUUGAAGUGGUUGACAUACGUAUCAUACGUCCGCUAUGGAUUUGAAGGUGCGGUGCUUGCAAUUUACAAAGAUCGAGAACGAUUAAAAUGUUCACAAAUGUUUUGUUUGUAUCGAGACCCCGUAAAAAUUGUCGAUAUGCUAUUCAUGUCAGAGUCGGAGUAUUGGGUGGAUGUGGUGGCAUUAAUAUCCAUAUUUCUCGGAUUACGAGUAAUCGCUUACUUUGUACUGCGAUGGAAAAUCUACUCGAUCCGAUAAAUAAAUAGGUCCCAUCAUUGUGUUUCCAUCUGAUAUUUAAUUUAAAAACACAAACGCAAUGCAAUCAGGCGCUGUGCAAUUCUUUUUUUUAAUUCUAUCUACAAUAAAUACGAUAACACUUAAAUAUUGUAGCUUUUUCGUUUCCUCACAUUUCUUACAAUGGGCAGAGGAUGUGACAUUUAGGGUGUAGAUUUAUUUUUUACUGCUUCAAUUAUCCGAUGUAUGAUGUAUAUUCGAUUAAGUGAACGAGAGAUUUUUUUCUUCUUGGAAAUGGAAUUCUAGUUUUUGUAAUACAUAAAACGAUUAUUUAAGACAGACUUAUGUCAAAAUUCAAUUGCAUUUUUGAUUGAAAAAAUAAACAUUGGAAAUUGUAUGGUUUUUUUU